AUGCUCACAGACUAGUGUAGUUUAAUCCGACACUAUGGCACGGAGCGCAGUACUGCUACUGUUUUGCUUGGCUCUUGCUGUGGACCCAGCCGUAGGUUUCUAUGGGGGGUCUAUGACUUUCACACCUGGAAACAGAUAUCCGGAUGGUUUAGUGGAGGUGCACUUUUACUACAGAGAGUCCAGCAGGGGUCCUUGUGUUUCUUAUCUCAGCUGGAUCUGUGACAAUGUGCAGUGUGGUAAUAUCAUCUAUACAGAACCUGAAGUGACGGAUCAAGACCACUCAGAUCAGAGUCAAUGGUGCCAGUCAGAGGUUCAUAUGACCACCAAUAUCAGCAGUAAUGCGCCUCUCAUCCUCAAUAAUUCAGGUUGCUGCUGGACAGAUAAUAUUCAAGCUGUUGGUGGAUGGACACUACGCACUGAUGUUGACGUGGGACGACGUUCAGAUACUCAAUCCCCAAACAGAUCCCCUGUUUCAGCAGCAGUACCCAAUAUAAGGGUUCCUCAGAACUGUUUCCAGAGCCUUCACUUACUGGCACAUGAUCCAGAUGGAGAUGUUGUGAGAUGCAAAUUUAGUGAUGCUAACUGCUCAUCGUGUCAUGAGCACACAAACAUUCAUCUCGAUGAGGACUCCUGCACUCUGCACAGAAGCGGUUCAUUGAAUCCUGGCCUGCAUGUAUUUGAACUCAUACUGGAGGAUUACCCUGUUUCAGAUAUAACUGUGACGAAUGCUGAUGGAGUUUCUUCAGUCCGAAAUGCUUUUAAUCUGACUGUGAACUCUGACCCCACUCCACUCAGUCAAGUGCCCCUGCAGUUUGGAGUAGAAAUUCUUGCACCGGUUCAGAGUUGUGUCCCAGGCAUGAACAAGCCCGGUUUCCUGACACCAACUCCUUUAAACGGAGAUGUACAUCAUGCCGCUGUGGGACACGUGCAUGAGAUCUUACUCCGAGCCCAGAGCUCAGACAGCAGCAUCUUAGACUUUCAGGUCAGUGGUCCCUUUAAUAUGUCUAAGACAUUGAGAGAUGAGAGUGAUGGAGUUGCAGAGGCAACAUUGACCUGGACGCCACAGGAAUCUGAUCUGUAUCGUCACGUACCUGUGUGUUUCACAGCAGAGACGCUGCACAGUCAAUCAGAGAUGAGGUGCAUCGUUGUGGUUGUGGCCAGAUCGAUGGUUCUGUCAGGUGAAGCAGAAGUUAUCUGCAGGAGCGACAGUAUCAGCAUUGUCAUAAAUAAAGCUUCAAUGGAGGGAAUCGAUCAGAACUGGCUUCAGCUGAGAGAUCCCACCUGCUCGCUUACAUCCAACCAAACUCACAUACUGGGCUCUAUGUCCCUCAACACCUGUGGCACGACAGUAGAGGAUUCUGGAGAUUAUAUGGUCUUCAAAAAUGAGAUCAACUCUUUCGAGACACCAAACGCAGUUAUCACCAGACGCAAUCAACUCAAAAUCGGUUUCUCCUGCCAAUAUCCCAAACUAGCCAGCGUCUCCAGUCACUACAUCAACCAUAAAUCGGACUACAUCUUCACUGAAUCCAGCUUCGGCACUUUUGCUUACUCGUUUGAAGUUUUCACAGACAACAGCUUUAGCAGUCGGGUGGAUCCUAACCUGUAUCCAGUGAAGGUUAAACUGAUGGAUAUGCUCUACAUGGGCAUUGAAGCCCAUUCUGCCCUCCCGAAGGUCAAACUCUUUAUCGAGUCUUGCAGGGCCACACCAGAAGACAACCCAUAUAGUGCCGUCUAUUAUGACAUCAUCAAAGAUGGGUGUGUUUUGGACGAAACAGUCAAGGUCUAUCCAAGCGCUUCAAUGAAGUACGACUUUGAGAUCCAAGCUUUCAAGUUCACGGGAGAUUUCGAUGAGGUUUACAUUAGCUGCUCCGUGAUCCUGUGUGCGGAAGGAAGCCCAAACUCCAGAUGUGCCCAAGGUUGCCUCAGCCAAACCUCACGCAGGCGCAGGCGAGAUUCCAGUCAAGAAACAGCGAGACAUUACAUCAUACAGGGUCCCCUGCGUGUGUCCAGAGAGACUCGUCAGCAUGAUGAAAAUAAUGGUGGAUCUCAACAUGUAAGCAUAAGCACCGGGGUCUUUGCCGGACUCUUCGUUGUCUCAGUCAUUGUGCUGGCGGGGAUGUUGGUACAUAAGAUCAAAAAAACACGAGCACUUGACCGUAUGCAUCUUUUGUCCAGUUUCUGAUGGCAUUUAAUGUCCUGUGCGCAAGAAACCUACAUUAUAUACACCUACAGAGUUUCAAGUCUUUCCAGUUUGCUAACAUAUCUACUUGUACAUGAACAAUGAUCUUUUAAGCAGUUGUUUAUGUUCUAUUGCUUUCAAUAUAGAUCCUAUUGUCUUAUUAUUUCCUUCUUAAUUUUUUGCACACAACAUGGUUCAACGAAUGUAUAUAUAUUGCUAGUUUCAUAUAUUAUCAUAUAAUAUUGAGUGAAUGUUUGUAUGAAUGUUAAAAGUGUAAUUUGUA